GGCAGGGAGCAGUCCCAGUACGAUGACAGCAUCCAGCUUUUAGCCAAACCCCCCGCACACCACAUCACCAUCAUCAUCUGGCGCGAGAGGAUAUUUUCGAGAAGCAGAUUUCGUCUCCAGUGAAAUUCACUCUUAUCUUUUAGUAGGGGGGAUAGCCUACCCACACACCCACAUACCCACCCCCAGACUCCCGGUUCGACUGUCUCCCGAUCAACCACGAGGUGGCGGCACCAGAUUGGCACUAGCCCUGAUGAUCACAAAGACCCCGCUCCACCUCUUUUCAGCCAAUCCAGAGCUGAUGUCUGAGAGGGCGAGGGGGUACGUUUGUUCCGGAGUCUUGAAGAGACAAGCUACAUCACGAUAAAUGGAGGAGAAGGAGCGAUGCAGGAGCAGGUCUCCAGCUCGGAGGGCCAGUCGGGUGCAGCAGGUGGUGGGAACAAUAAUACGACGCACUCGAGAGUCACUUAGCAGAGAGCGGUUGCUAGGUGAUGGGAGGUCGCAGCGCUCCAACAGUCUGUCCAAUCAGAACUUCCAGGCCAAGCUCACGUUGCAGAUUACCAGGGACCCAGUUCUGGACAGCAGCACUGGACAUGGCUUCACCCUCACCACAAACGCCCCCCUGCUGGUCAGGGACAUCGCCCCAGGAAGUCCUGCAGAUGGGAUACUAUUCCCAGGGGACCAGGUGCUGCAGAUUAAUGAUACAGUGAUGGAGGAUUUGAGUGAAGAGCAGGUGGAAAACGUCUUAAGGAACUUGGAAGACUGUAUCAAUGUGACUAUCCUGCGGCACAUGACAAAUCCCAAGUCAUCUAUUAUGUCAGCAGAGAAGAGAGCUCGUCUGAGGAGUAAUCCAGUUAAAGUGCGCUUUGCAGAGGAGGUGGUGGUCAAUGGGCACACUCAGGGAAACUCUCUUCUCUUCCUGCCCAAUGUUCUGAAAGUCUAUUUAGAGAACGGACAGACCAAGGCUUUCAAGUUCGACAACAACACCACUGUCAAGGACAUUGUUCUGACUUUGAAGGAUAAACUGUCCAUCCGGGCCAUUGAGUACUUUGCCCUGGUGCUAGAGCAACAGUACAGCAUCACCAAACUACUGCUGCUGCAUGAAGAUGAGCUCAUUCAGAGGGUGGUGCAAAAGAAAGACUCCCACGAUUACAGGUGUCUCUUCAGGGUUUGUUUCAUCCCCAGAGACCCAGCAGACCUGCUGCAGGAUGACCCCUCUGCCUUUGAGUACUUCUUUUUACAGAGUGUUGGAGAUGUGCUGCAGGAGCGUUUUGCAGUGGAGAUGAAGUGUAACACUGCACUCCGCCUGGCAGCCCUGCACAUGCAUGAGAGACUAGAUAGUUGUGGACAGACCAGGACCUCUAUCAAGAGUAUUACAAAGGAGUUUGGCCUGGACAGCUUCAUCUCUCCUACGCUGCUGGGCAACAUGAGAGAGAAGGACCUGAGGAAAGCCAUCAGCUACCACCUCAAAAAGAUCCAGUCCCUGCUAGAGCCACGCCAGAAGGUAAUAUCUGCCACUCAGGCUCGGUUGGCCUACCUCACUCAGCUGGGAGAGCUCAUUUCUUAUGGUGGCCGGUCCUACACAGCCACAAUGAUGCUUCAGGACAGGGAAGUGUUGGUCACGUUGCUGGUAGGAGCCAAGUACGGCAUGAGUCAGGUCAUCAACCACAAGCUCAAUGUGAUCUCUACCCUGGUCGAGUUCAGCAGCAUCAGCCGAGUGGAACUGCUCACAGAGUCGGACAAAGUCAGCUUACUGCGCAUCUCACUGCAUGACAUGAAGCCAUUUGCCUUACUGAUGGACUCUCUGGCAGCCAAAGACUUAGGGUGUCUGCUGGGAGGCUACUGCAAACUCCUUGUGGAUCCCAAUGUUAAUGUCUUCCGUCUGGGGCGCCCAAAAGUGAGGGUGCACCGGAUUCCUGCUGAAGAAGGUGUGUGUGGGAGGUUCGCCGUAAUAGAGGGCGUGUGCUAUGAAUCCCUAUCAAGUUAUGUAUCUCGCUGCUGCAGUGACUCAGAUGACUCAACAGAUGAGGAUGACCCAAUGGAUUCUCAGAAUUACAAACGCCCAGACCCAGCAAGUCAGGACUGGGAAGAGAGGAGGAGAGAGGAGGAAGGGAAGAGGCGAGAGGAAGAAAGAAAAGAGAGAGAGGAGCACAAAGGCAAACAGGAAGUGAAGAUAAUAGUGACAACAGAAGGCAAAGAAAAUGAGAGUCCAGAAGAAGGAGGAGCAACAGGAAGUGGUCUGCAUAAAUUCAGUGUUAUGGAUGAAGAAAUGAACUUGGAGACUACCUGGUACCACACUGACCCACGGGUCACCAGCAGCUUCUCCAGCUUGUCCAGCGGUUCCUUGAGCGCUGCCAUGGAGGAGAGCAGUGCUGCUGCCAAAUCCAGAUCUCGCCUUCACAGCCCACACACAGGCGAGGAUGUUUCUAACUUGGAUGUUCACCACCCCUACCUCCUGGAGCCAAAACGCCACCAAGGGCCCCUAAGGCCCACCAACCUCAAUUACCUUGGGAAUGACAGCUCUUGCCUCUGCUUUGCUGACCUCUCCAAGGCUGAUUUCCUACCAAGCCCACCUGAGGCUACUAGUGAUGAUGAUGAUGACGACGAUGAAGAGGAUGAAGAGCGGGGGGCCGAGACACUUAGACGUAUUUCUAAGAUUCCUAGUUCAAGAGAUUUGAGAAUGAUUGACAGCAUACCCUUUCAAAGAUCACCCAUUAAAAGAAAGAAAAAAAUUCCUCCCAAAGUCCCACUAAGGACAAGUUCAAUUCCUGGGCACAAAGCAGGACAGGCUGAGAACCGCCUGUCAAAGGAUGAAGAGAGUAUGUUUCUGACACCGUCACCCAAUUCCAAACCAGCUCUUUUGGUCAAAGACAAUGUCUCAGAUUCUGAGGAUGAGUUUUUUGAUGCACAAGAGAGAUUUACUCCGCCAGUUCCUGAUCUGUCAGAUGCUGAGCUGGCUGACCGACGCAAUGCUAAUCGUUUGAGUGGAACCUGGAAUGGUCUUCCAGCUGUCCCAGGGAAAGAGCCAUCAUCUCCACUUGCCAGUAAAAGCCAAUCCUAUAAAACCAAGAGGGAAGCAGAGUCAUUUAAAGCCCCCUCAAAUCAACUCAAUAACCAGCAAACCAGUACUCCAAAGCCAUCACAGAAACCUGAUGUUAAGGUCAAACCACCAUUGGCACCGAAGCCCCAGCUGCCUCCCAAACCUCAGCACAUUCUUCCCAAGUCCCCCCAGCAUGGGAGAUCAUAUGCCCAAUGCAAUGGGGAUGCCUCUGGACGUUUGUCUUCUGAACUCCUUGAAAUGGAGCCAGACACCAUGGAGUUCAAGUCUGUUACAUCAGGUGGAUUGCCUCUGUCAUCAUCCCUGAUCACGGCAGUGCGAUAUAGCAAGCAAUCAUUACCACAAGAUGAAGAAAAGACAAAAAGGCAGGAAAAAAGCCCAAAACAUAGCAAAGAUGUAGAUAAUGGAGCAGGUAUUGUUCCCAAAAAAGAAAAAUACAUUCCUGAUGAAAUGCAAAUUCCUGAAGCUGAGGGGAAAAACAGUGGAACUGACCUGCUAACAAAGAGGCCACCAAACCUAACCCCUAUCCCUCGCUCUAAUUCAGGAACAAAGCUAUCAAUUCCCCCUGCAGUGCCUCCCAAACCCACGUCGCCCAGCAAUCUUCACCCCUUAUCGCUACCUGCUAGUUCUCCUGUCUCUCCUACUGAUCCAAACAAAGGGAUCUUUAAGGAUGCCAUCAGUCCACCAAAUGGAAUUCACCCUUGGAGCAGUCGUAAUGGUAGCAUCCAGUCAGGACCUAGAAGGGUCUCCCUGAGCCACGAGAGCCUUUCACCCAAAAAUACAGAUGCGCCUCUUACGCUUACCACCUCCCUCACCUCAACCAAUUCUAAAGGGGGGCUAGAAAGCAGGGAGCCUGGAAGAUCUGGUUCAGGAUCUGACUUGAGAACAAGCUCCUCCAGUCUAGGAGGCAGACUACCUGCCUCUGCCCUGCGAGGGAAGAUUCAGGCCCUGCCUUGGUACAUGACCCGCUCCCAGGAGAUUCUAGGAACUCUGGACUAUCCAUCCACUAGCUCCAUCAAUGGAGACACAUCUGGAUUUGGCUCUGGGUUGUCUGUAGCCAGUGGUUUAUCAGACUUAAACAAAACUCCUGUCAAGGAAAAAGAGAGUGUGGUCUCAAAAUCAGAAAGCAAAGGAACCAUUUUAGAUGAUGGUGCUGAGGUUGUCAUAGCAACAAUCAAAGAGGCCCAAGAAUUGUCGUCACACAUGAAAACAGCCAGUGGCACAAAUGGCUCCCACCCUAAUCUGAGUUUUAGAGAAAAUAUUGCACACAGCAGCAGUGUUUCAUCCGAGCAGCCUCAGUCACGGUCUCACUCAGCAGUGGGGCUGGGAGGUGUGUCCAGCAUGGAGAUUGGUGGUGACUCACCAACCUCCUCACUAGCAGACAGCACCCCUCCACAGCAACAUCGGGAGGCAUGCGGCUGCCGCACUGUUUACGCCAACUGCUUCAGUGGAGACACCGAGGAUGGCGUUAGCUUUGAUGAAGAGCUCACAGUUUAUGAGUUCUCCCGUCGCAUACGCACCAAACCUGUCCAACCGGCACCUGCCCCUUCUCCAACAACACCCUCUCUAAAACCCAAUAUUCUUUCACUGCUGAGGGACAACCCUCGCCCACUGUCUACUUUCUCCACCACCUCUUCUGAACUCAGCCCUCUUGUUUCAUGUCCAGUUUCACCCACAACCUCACUCGGUGGUCCUUUUCGCUCACUAACUAACAAGAAUUAUGGUGGGCUGAAGGGGGGCUUUGCUUCUCUGCGUCAAGAUAUAGAUCAGCUUCUUCUGGUCUUAGAAAGAGGUGCACUUGAGCAAAGCCAACAAACAUCAUUCCAAGAUUCAAAGCAAGAUAGCACAAACAUAAAAGUAGGGCCUGAUCUAAAUCACAAUGGAACUGAAGACAGAAUUACCCCAGCACCAAGCCUAAAGUGUCCUAGGAUGACCCUUGCUACCAUGACGGAGCCUGAGAGGAGUCUUCUUCAGGCUGAGGCUCGACGAUUAGCAUCUGGAUGUCAACGGGCCACACGGGUAGGCUGGGCACCUGAUGAAGCCCUACGUUCUUUAUCCAACAGUUUUAGUGCCCUAGUACAGCUGUCAGCAGCCUGCCUGCGAACAAACCCUUGCCCCGGUUGUGACAUGUGCCAUAACACAAAUCUGGUCCACAAAUUUGAGGACAAUGACAGCCAGGAGGCCAUGGACAAGCUGAAAGAGAUAGUGAGUCUGUAUCGGGAGUUUGUUGGGGCUGUUGAGACAGCUGGAACUGGCGCUGGGGCAGGGGGUAGGAGCGGGGGCGUCACUGGGUCUGGACAGGGUCAGGGUGAGGGUGAUGGGGUAAGGCUGCUAGCCAAAAGAUGCACUGUGCUCAUUUCAUCCGUAUUCGCACUCACACAGCUCUUUCGGACACCCGCAGUAGAGCCCUCGGAAACACCCGGACACGUACCUCUUAACUUUUGAUCUGUGAACUUUUACCCACUAAUAACACACUGACUCUAGAGGUUGAGACAAGAAGAAGCACCACAGAGCUAUCUGGUGUCUAGCUCCUGUGUUUUUUGUACAGUAAGUGCCAUGCACACUACACCACAGCACACACAUCACACACACACACAC